AUGUCUGACCAUGGUGACCUCACCCACCAAGCCAUCAGCUCCUAUUUCAUAGGGCCACAGGCCGAGAAUAUGGGAUACUUCAAGGAUAACAUAUCCACGAUCCUCCAAGAGCUAGAAGAUGCCCGCAAGAAAUACGAAUUCGAAGGCGACCAGAAAUUCAUCACAUCCAGCAUCCAAAACUCGGAGGAAUUCCAGCGCAUUACACGGAACUUCGCUCAUGCGGUGAAAAAGGCUGCCAAGUUGAUGGGCUCCCAUUCUAUUCCCUUUUGGAAUCCUCGUUAUCAGGCUCAUAUGUGCACUGAUCUGAGCAUGCCUGCGCUUCUGGGUUAUUUCAUGACUAUGAUUUAUAAUCCUAAUAAUGUUGCGCUGGAGGCUAGUCCUCUGACGACUGUGGCAGAAAUGGAGGUGGGGGAGCAGCUGUGCCAUUUGUUUGGGUAUAAUAUUGAUCCUUCGAGGACGGAUGUGCCUACUGGUUGGGGCCAUGUUACUUGUGGUGGGACUGUGGCCAAUCUUGAGUCUAUCUGGGUGGCUAGGAAUCUGAAGUUUUAUCCUUUGGCUCUUCGUAAAGCCAUGAGUGAGACCGUGGUUAUAAAUGGAAUGGGGAAGAAAGGACCGUUGAACUUUGUGGCUGACAGAUUCAUGGUCACCACCUGUAAAGGUGAAAGGAAGCUGUUUGUGGAUCUGUCUACGUGGGAGCUGCUCAAUCUCAGACCAAAGACGGUGCUAGAUCUGCCACAGGAAUUGCAUGAACAGUUCGGCAUCUCGCCCAAGUUUGUGGAGUCUGCCUUGCAGAAUUUCAAUAUACAGUCAACGGGUAAAGACAUCCUGGAAAGAGAAUUUGAGGUUAAGCAACCGAUUAAGUGUUUUCUCUCUAAUACUAGACACUAUUCUUGGCCCAAGGGGGGAGCAAUUGCUGGUCUUGGGUCGGAUGCGUUUGAGGGCAUUGAAGUCGAUGACGCCGCGCGUAUUAACCUCGACGCGCUUCAAGAACGCCUCCAACGGUGUCUUGACGAGGGCCAGGCAGUUUAUGCCGUUGUGGCUAUCAUGGGCUCAACUGAAGAAGGCGCUGUUGAUCGGUUGAGUGCUAUUUUAGCCAUGCGUCAGCGCUUCCAGUCGAAAGGGCUGUCAUUCCUCGUCCAUGCUGACGCCGCGUGGGGGGGCUACUUUGCGACAAUGCUUCCACGGAAUCUAUAUGACCUGCCACGGGGACCAAGUGUGAGCAAUCCGGAGGAUAGUUUUGAUGGUGGCGCAGAGGGCUUUGUUCCAGACCUGAGCCUGAAGCUGGAAACUCAAGAAGAUCUUCUUGCACUUAAAUACGCGGAUUCAAUCACCGUGGAUCCACAUAAGGCAGGCUAUAUUCCGUACCCCGGAGGGAGUCUAGUGUAUCGCGAUGGAAGAAUGAGGUAUCUGGUCACCUGGACCGCUCCGGUGCUCUCUCAGGGCUCUGAGACCGGGAUGGGAAUUUAUGGUGUCGAGGGCAGUAAGCCUGGUGCGGCAGCCAUGUCAACCUGGCUCUCCAACAAGUGUAUCGGGCUCAAUCCCCAAGGAUAUGGCGCUCUGCUCAGUGAGGUGUCUUUCACAUGUACCAGGCUCUCUGCUCACUGGGCCGCCAUGACCACGAAAGACGACGACUACUUCAUGUGCGUUCCAUUUCACAAACUUCCCUCCGAAUGGAAGGACCCCUUCAACGAGCAAGCAAUAGAGGAGGAAAAGGAACGAAUCCGUCGAGAAAUUCUCCCAAAAAGCAAUCGCGACAUUGUUGAGCGUGAUGCAGGCAAACCCACAGAGGAAAAGCUCAUGACACUUCUCCGGGGCCUUGGUUCAGACCUGAACAUCAACGCCUUUGCACUCAACUGGCGUUAUAAUGACAAGGACAGAACCUGGAAUACUGACAUAGAAGAAGCCAACUACCUCACAAGACACGUCGUUGAGCGCCUGUCUAUUUGUUCACCAGACCAGGAUCCCACCAAGAUCCCAUUCUACCUGACUUCAACUGAGUUCACCAACGAGCUAUAUGGCAAGUGUGCCAAGGAGUUCAAGAGAAGGCUUGGUCUCCCGCAGUGCGAUCGCCCUCUUUUUGUGCUAAGAAACGUUGUCAUGAGUCCAUUCCCCACAGACAACGACUUUAUUAGUACGAUGGUAGACUACUUCCGCUCAGUAGUCGAGGACGGAGUCAGACUGUGCCGCAAGCGUAAUGCAAGAGGCCCGGCUAUCCACCGGUUUGUAAUGCAGGGGACGGACGAGAUUUUCUUAGCCUAUCAACCAUCGUUCCAUUUGGGCAAACACCGACAACAGAUCAUUCUGGCCGUGGAGCUUGAAGGCCAGGCCAAGUCAGACUAUAUUGAAAUCCGGGAAUCCAACCCUGAGGAUCCUAUCUUCCUCAAAUCAUCCGUAGAGAUCGACCUCCAACAAGUGGUGAGUGAAUGCGAGCGGGGCAGCCGUGUGAGCUUCAAAGGGACCAUAUAUACACACCAUGGUGGCCCGGUCCGCACUUCCACACCCGUGACAUUGAAGCGUGUGAUCAAAAGCCGUCCUAUCAACUCGGCCAACCGAGAAACCGACUAUCCCGAAGAUUAUAUGCCAUUUUACCUCUACGGUUCUGGGAAGCAAUGGCAUAUCUCACACAUGCUCCUGCAAGCACCCAAUGCUACCUUCUCAGCUGGCAAUGUGAAACUGGACGAUGAACUGGCCUCUUCGCUCAGUCAAGAACAUGCUGAAAAGGGCGCUAUUCUCGCUUUUACAGAAGUUCCCGAAGCUUCGAUGCAGCCCUUCCCAGCGUCCAAAAGUGAGCUGCCGGCAUGCUUCUUCUUCCAGCCCGACAAGAAAUAUAAGGUCAAGGUGUGGGACGAUCCAAAAGAUCCAUCGGCAGCUGGUCCCGGGCUACUGGAAGGUCUUAGAGAACCAGUUGAGGGAACUAUUACCCUGUCCAAAGAAAUACAUAUUGACCUGGAAUGGAUCAAUAAGGAUCCAUUCGAGCAGGAGGAUAGGGUUGGUAAGUGGCGGGAUGAGUUCAGCCAGAUCGGCAAGAAGCUGGAGAAACGAGGUUGA